AUGCCAUUCCAGGAACAUGAGCAAGUAAUAGAGGGAAAAGUUUUCGACGGCAGAACAACAACGCCACCGGGGCGUGCCAGCGGCGCUGCCAAUGAAGGCGAUGUUGAACAUGGCGAACCCGAGCCCCCUGUUGGCCUCCGCGAGAAGCAGCCCGCGGAUCGACUUAGUGGCCGCCAGAUCUUCUACAUCUUUGGACUCGACGGAAUUGGCGCUGCUGUUCUUUCCGGCGGGAUAAACUUUGCCAUCGCCUACGGCAUGUACUCGACCCAGAACGUGGACCUGCAUCCCAUUCGCUUGUUCCAGCUCCCCAAUACAUUAGCCGGAGAUGCGGUAGUCACCAUCCUCAUCCAAACCACAAUUACAUGGUUCAUCGAGCUUGUAUUGGUCGAGAAUGACAUGAAGAACGGCGUCGUUCGGCCAAUAGGCUUUAUCAGAGAGCCCUCGCGCCCGCUGUUGCGAUGGCUGAUGCUGCUGGGUCGGAAACAAGCAACGAACCCAAAGAGUCGCGCUGGGUCACUUACCGGCCAUGCCGUUCGGAUUGGUCUGAUGUUUAUUCUCUCUUUCAUCCUUCUCUGGCCUGCCUCGAUCGGCAUAUUGUCUACCAUUGGGGAGCGCAGAGCGGGCGGUGAUUGGGACUGGUACUUCCAACGGGAAUGGGCACCUCAAGCUUUCAAGGCAGUUUUUGGGGGUCUAUUGGCGCUUUUGACAACCCCUGUUAUGGCUUCCUUCUGGCUAGUCAGGGAGGGAUGGCGGUUAAAAGGGGGAGAGUCAUUGGUGAGCUGA